GAGUGGCUGGACUACUUAUACUGGAUUCAGACACAGGGCGUCUUGCUGACUCCGGCAUACGCGGCAUAUCUCUCGGAAGUGGCCCGUCUCCUUGGCAUUCCGACGACACAACGUGUCGACGAGGAGAACAUUCACGUCCGUGCCACUGGCACUGCAGGCUCUUACAUCGUCAAGUGGUAUGUGGAUGCCCGCAAGCUAAAGACGAACGACAAGCAGAUCAUUUCACCUGGCUUUGAGUUGUACCACCCAGGUAACGGCCAGGUCCUGCGCUUUCUCAUCGGCGCUUUCCCCAUGGGCUGGAGCGCGGCCAACCCAGGUGAGAAUUUCAACAAGGCCGCCGGAAGAGGCUAUUUCCAGCUAAAGUGCGACACCGGGCCCAAAGACCAGGGCUGUUUGCCAUGCCGGUUCGGGUUCUCAGUUGCAAACGGGGAGAUGCGCACGGCCUCUGGCCGUUUCACCUUGAAUAAAAGCAUGCUGGAGUUGCCAAGAGAGGACUCCGUCUUUGAUAUGUUUGGCGGUGUUGGCCGAGACAACCUGGUCGAGAUCACAGCGUUGAUUGAUCUUGCACGACCACAGAACCUUCCGGCACCUGUCCGGCGUUUCCGAUGGUUCUUUGAAGUCUCCACGAACACUCUCCAAUUUCAAGAGGCUCCUGUUGACAUUGGUCUGAGCUCGGAUGUCUUCGCGGUUGCCUCCUCGUGCACCACGGCCGUCUACCGGGUUCUUCGGGUUCUGCAGGACAGCAGUGCCUCAGAGCCGACAAGGAUGUGGAUGGAGAUCCUGCUGCCGACGAUUCUCCGCUUCUGGAAAAGAUCCAACAGAGCUCUCCGACGGUGCGAAUGUGGUCUGGACGGGGAGAUGGCGAAGCGAAGGAGCCUUCGAAGUUGUCGCUGUCACGUCUCACCGCGCCCGCUCCGAUCAACGGUGGUAAGGGCAAAGGCAGACAGGUCUCCAAGGAGGGUGCGCGCUACCGUGUGA